GACUGGAUUGACUCGAGCGCUUAGCUGUCUGGGGUUUAGGGUUGCCGCGGUUUUUUUUCUUUAUCGAGAAGUGACAUUUUUGGCUGAUGGCUUGUGCGGUUUUUGGGACAUUCAUCGCAUUGCAUAAUAACUCCGAAAUAGAACAGAAGGUUCGAUCGCGGCAGAUCGAAGCGAUUCGUUUGUCUUCUGAAAUAUUAGCGAGUGUUUGCCCACUAUUUCUUAAAUUGGACUCUGGCCGUACACGCGUGUGCUUGCUGAGUCAUCGGCUAAGUAUCGACGUAGUUUCAUAAUAUUGUAAAGUUUAUUACCGAUAUACAAAGGAGCGUAAUUCGUUUGGCCAUCGAGUUUCCGGUUAUUACUUAUCUCGCGAUGUAAAAAGGAUCGAUAGCCCGAGCCACUUUGGCGCUGACGUACGCGAGCUUCCGUUGACUCAGCGCAAGAAUAUUCGACUCGACGUAGGUUAUUUUCUUUCUCUCUUCAAUUUCCAACUUUAGCCUCUGUAAAUUGACAGCCCGAUAAUGACGCCUCACGUGUAUAGCGCGCCGGGUUUUCAAAAAACAAAAAAAAAGCCGUCCAGCCAGUCUACCCUAGCUACAGAAAAUGCAAUACCUCCGGCCGAAGCUAGCUAAGUACAAGCAUUGAAUGGGUGGCUUUUGAUCGCUUUGACCGAGACGAGUGCGAGAAGAAUUGGAAAAGACAGACGAGACGAGAAACAUUUAAUAAUCCGAGGAUGAGGAGCCGAGCUACUUUCCCGCUGCUGCUGUUCGUCGCCUUGCUAUGUAUGGCCUCCCCGAGGCUGACGAAAUCGGAGUCGUCCGAGAGCAAAGUCUCGGAGAUGGCGUCACCGCCGACAACCGAGUCCACCAUCCAGAAGGCCGUCGAUUUCGUCGAGCACCUCGUUAAGGAGACGAUCUUGCCCAGCAAUCCAGACGCGUACAACGAGCUGAUGGAAGGAGUCUCCCCCGCGGGAGAACCUGGUACGAGCCCCGCAGCUAACGAUUCGAACGCAACGACCACGGGUAUAGUGACCAAGCUCGAGAAUCUGCUCAAUCCCUUGGCCCAGGCCCUCUACCUCUUCAUCGACAGUCUUCUGCGAGCUUUCAAGCACAGAGCUCUGCCCUGCCUCAUCACUUCGUGGAUUCCGCUCGAGGCCACCUGCACACCUCUGGAGAACUCUCCGGUUUCGAACCAGCCGAUACCGGCGCCCAGCGGUCCCCAGCCUACCAGAUGAAGAUUUCGACUUUUUAUUGAAGCGUUAAUGUACUUGCGGUUGUGCUGAGGGGGCUGUUAUUCUUAUUGUUGCAAAAAAUGUGUAUUGUUCGAAAAAUUAUCAAUAAAGGCAUUCUGAUGAUGAUUCUUAUAAUAGUAAUGUGA